CGUAUGACGAAAGAAAAGCCCGAGCUCUGCUACGACCGGCGUCCAGGCGGAUUACAGGCGAGGCGAGGAUGAGGAGAAGGGAGGCAAGGAAAACAUAAAAAGAAAAGAAAAAGGACUUGUCAAGAAAGAAGAGUACUGAUGCCACGAAAACUAAAGCCAGGGAAAAGAAGAUUUAUUUUCAGAGUAAAUAUUGUACAUUAAUACGAAGGAACCCCCAAAAACUAUGAAUGCCCAGCGCGUAGUGUCGUUACCUGUUCGAUUGUAAGAGGUGACAGUUAGAUAUUACAGUUUGCCAUUGCCGGGCAGAGCUGCUACUUUAUUGCACACUAAGAGUGCAAACGUCAUGGAUCACAGAUCAGAAAACACAACUGGCUAGACCUUCAGUAGAUCAACUGAGGUUUGAUAAGAAAAAAAAUUGAAAUAAAGACGGCCAGGAAGGUGUCGAGAAGAAUGGAUUUUAGCGCACUUCGGAAUCUCAUCAGCAGAUAUUGUACCGGAGAGGAGAACUGGGUAGACAGCCGGACAGUCUACAUCGGCCACCGGGAACCCCCACCAGGGACAGAGGCCUACAUCCCUCAGCGGUUCCCAGAUAAUCGGAUCGUGUCUUCCAAGUACACCUUCUGGAAUUUUGUGCCGAAGAACUUGUUUGAGCAGUUCAGAAGGGUUGCAAAUUUUUAUUUCCUCAUCAUAUUCCUGGUCCAGCUGAUAAUCGACACCCCCACCAGCCCCGUGACCAGCGGCCUGCCCCUUUUCUUUGUCAUCACCGUCACCGCCAUCAAGCAGGGCUAUGAGGAUUGGCUACGCCACAAAGCUGACAAUGCUGUCAACCAAUGUCCUGUUCAUAUCAUCCAGCACGGCAAGGUGGUGAGGAAGCAGAGCCGCAAGCUGCGGGUUGGGGAUGUUGUCUUGGUCAAGGAGGAUGAAACAUUCCCCAGUGACCUCAUCCUCCUGUCCACGAGCCGGGAUGAUGGUACCUGCUUUGUGACAACAGCCAGUCUGGACGGGGAGUCCAGUCACAAGACAUACUAUGCAGUGCAGGACACAAAGUCGUUUAAUACUGAGAAGGAGGUGGACAUGUUGAGGGCCACCAUUGAGUGCGAGCAGCCACAACCUGACCUUUACAAAUUCGUCGGACGCAUCAAUAUUUAUCAGGACCGAGAUGAACCCAUCGCAAGGCCCCUGGGUUCUGAGAACCUGCUUCUGCGAGGAGCCACGCUAAAGAACACAGAAUUUGUUUAUGCUGUCGCAAUUUAUACCGGCAUGGAGUCCAAGAUGGCCCUCAACUACCAAUCCAAGUCGCAGAAACGUUCCGCCGUCGAAAAGUCUAUGAAUGCCUUCCUGGUGGUUUACCUGUGCAUCCUAAUCAGCAAGGCCCUGAUCAACACAACGCUGAAGUACGUAUGGCAGUCGAACCCUAACCGGGAUGAGCCCUGGUAUAAUGGAAAGACCGACCACGAGAGGCAGCGACAUGUGAUGAUCAGAGCUUUCACCGACUUCCUGGCUUUCAUGGUCCUGUUCAACUACAUCAUCCCAGUGUCCAUGUACGUCACCGUUGAGAUGCAGAAGUUCCUGGGUUCCUACUUCAUUACUUGGGAUGAUGAGAUGUUUGACGAGGAGCUCGGCGAGGGAGCUCUGGUUAAUACCUCUGACCUCAAUGAAGAGCUGGGGCAGGUUGAAUAUGUCUUCACCGAUAAGACCGGUACCCUGACAGAGAACAACAUGGAGUUCAUAGAGUGUUGCGUGGAUGGCCAUGUCUACGUCCCGCACGCCAUAUGCAAUGGCCAGAUUCUCUCUGGAUCCUCUGGCAUUGACAUGAUCGACUCCUCUCCUGGUCCUGAUGGCAAGGAGCGUGAAGAGUUGUUCUUCCGUGCCCUCUGCCUGUGCCACACUGUGCAAGUGAAGGAGGAAGAAACAGUUGAUGGAAUCAAGCGGGGGAUCCACCAGGGCAAGGCGACCUCAUUCUACAUCUCCUCCUCUCCGGACGAGGUGGCAUUGGUGGAGGGCAUGAAAAGGCUGGGGUUUACUUACCUACGACUAAAGGACAAUCACAUGGAAAUCCUGAAUAGGGAAGAUGAGGUAGAGAGGUUUGAGCUACUGGAGGUGCUCAACUUUGAUUCUGUCCGAAGGAGAAUGAGUGUGAUUGUCCGCUCCAGCUCAGGACAUCUCUACCUGUUCUGCAAAGGAGCCGACUCAUCCAUCUUCCCCAGAGUCAUCUCUGGGAAAGUGGACCGGGUCCGAGCCCGGGUGGAGCACAAUGCUGUGGAGGGCCUUCGGACACUCUGUGUGGCCUACAAGGCCCUGAGUCAGGAGGAGUACCACAACAUGUGCCAGCUGCUGGACAGUGCCAAGCUGGCCCUGCAGGACAGGGACAGGAAGCUGGCGGAGGCCUACGACCUUAUUGAGAGGGAUCUCGUUCUGCUGGGGGCCACUGCUGUGGAGGACAGGCUCCAGGAAAAGGCAGCAGACACCAUCGAGUCACUGCACAAGGCCGGCAUGAAGGUGUGGGUGCUGACAGGGGACAAGAUGGAGACAGCGGCUGCCACCUGCUAUGCCAGCAAGCUGUUCCGGCGCAGCACGCAGAUCCUGGAGCUGACUACCAAGCGCACGGAGGAGCAGAGCCUGCACGACGUGCUCUUCGAGCUCGGCCGCACUGUGCUGCGGCAACACGACAGCCUCACGCACGACACCUUCUCCGGGCUGUCCAGUGAGUUUCAGGACUACGGGCUGAUCAUCGACGGGGCCACGCUGUCCGCAGUGAUGAAGCCAGCACAGGACGACAGCUCAGGGAACUACAGGGAAAUUUUCCUGGAGAUCUGCCGGAACUGCAGUGCCGUGCUCUGCUGCCGCAUGGCGCCGCUGCAGAAAGCGCAGAUCGUGAAGCUGAUCAAGGCCUCAAAGGAGCAUCCCAUCACACUGGCCGUUGGAGAUGGAGCCAACGAUGUCAGCAUGAUCCUGGAAGCUCACGUCGGCAUAGGCAUUAUGGGUAAAGAGGGUCGCCAGGCAGCCAGAAACAGUGACUAUGCAAUCCCCAAGUUCAAACACCUGAAGAAGAUGCUGCUGGUUCAUGGUCACUAUUACUACAUACGCAUCGCUGAGCUGGUGCAGUACUUCUUCUACAAGAAUGUCUGCUUCAUCUUCCCCCAGUUCCUCUAUCAGUUCUUCUGCGGCUUCUCUCAGCAGCCUCUGUAUGAUACAGCCUAUCUCACGCUCUACAACAUCAGCUUCACCUCCCUGCCCAUCCUGCUCUACAGCCUCAUCGAGCAGCACAUCAGCAUGGACAUCCUGAAGAGGGACCCUUCCCUGUACAGGGAUAUAGCCAAGAAUUGCCUGCUUCGCUGGCGGAUUUUCAUAUACUGGACUUUUCUGGGCCUCUUUGACUCCAUGGUCUUCUUCUUUGGUGCUUACUUCCUGUUCGACAACACUACCUUUACCAGCAAUGGACAGCUAAUGACCACCAACACACAAAUGAUAUUCGGAAACUGGACUUUUGGGACUCUGGUCUUCACCGUGUUGGUGUUCACAGUCACCCUAAAGUUGGCCCUGGACACUCACUACUGGACGUGGAUCAACCACUUUGUCGUGUGGGGAUCUUUGCUUUUCUACGUCGUUUUCUCCCUGCUGUGGGGCGGAGUCAUCUGGCCAUUCUUGAACUACCAGAGGAUGUACUACGUGUUUGUGCAGAUGCUGUCCAGCGGGCCGGCCUGGCUGGGCAUCGGGCUGCUUGUCAUCAUUAGUCUGCUGCCGGAUGUGCUCAAAAAGGUCCUCUGCCGAGCACUCUGGCCAACCAGCACCGAGCGCAUCCAGAAUGCACAGAAGCUGUACCAGAGCCACCGAUCAGAGUUCACACCUCUGCCCUUGCUGAACUCCUCCCGUCUGGACUUCGAAGCCCACAACGUCAACCCCAGAAGGUCUGGCCACCGUUCUAAAGAACUGAUGUAUACCCAUUGGAGGGGCAGCAUUGGCUACUGCACUUUCAGCUCCACCCUCGGUCCCCCUGGCAUUGGCCGCAUGCACAGAUUAGUGGGUCUUGAAACCUCAGUGUAGCCCAGACCUCUGUUACCUUAUGCCUUUAAGAGACGAGAAAAUCCCACAAGAGGCAACCCAUGCCAAUAUCUUGGAGCUGGAGCAACCUCAUUCUGCUCUGAUUGAUAGGUUUGGACAGACAGAGACUAGGCUUUGAUUCCUAAAACUCUGACCCACUCCAUCCCUGUGGUGGGUGGGGUCAGUACUGUGUGGUCUGGGACCACACUGCCACGACCUCCCGCUUAACCUCUGACCCCCUUUAAAUCUGCGGUGAGACUGUGAGACCUGCCCGUUAUGCCCUCCUCCCCAGAGACCCUCAUAUCACUGCCUCUGCGAGUGAUAUUACUUGAAAUACAGACACAUAAACACUGGCACCAAGAGCAUUGUGAUCAACGGUUGGUUUCGUGGCGAAGUGAAAGUGAAACUUCAGAUGUUUCAGAAUCUACACUGGAUGAAAACCUCUGUGCCGUUUGUUAAACUCACUUUUUUUAUUACUCUGUUUUUUUUUCUUUCCUGCUGCUCGCAGAACAAACUGGUGUUGUGCAAAUCUUUUGUCGAGAAACACCACAUAGGACUCUUGUCCUGUUCACUUUCAUCGUAAGUGCUGUAGACCAAGCAAGUGUGUUCACUGUGCUAGACUGGUCCUAAAAUGAGAGGUAGUGAUGGACAAAAUGGUUUCAUGAACCAUUCGCUGUAUUUUCUUUAUCCCACUAGAUGGCGCUGUAUGUUCAUAGAAGGGCACAAAGCAUGCCCCAAAGCAAACGGAGAACACCAUCUUAUGGGGGUCCAAAAAAUACAGCAAAUGGUUCAUUAAGCAUCAUUUUGUCCAUCACUGGUGAGAGGCCCCUGCUUCUAGAACCUCCUUCUGUAGCUUAAGACAUAGGUUUGAUAUGGCUGUUUGGCUCCUCAUCAUAUAUAACCACUGACACAAUUCUGAAGGAUUACGAUCAUAUUUAACUCUAAAUUUCUUCCUGUAACCUGUUGUCUUCCCUGCAAUUCAUUACUGUACUACCGCCCAUUUGACCAGAAUCACAUUUGUAUGAAAUGCAGUCGAAAGACUAAUAGAUCUAGCGGUUAGAUGACAGACAUCGUGUGGUACAGGAAAUUCGAUUGUGACCUGUGACAAGUCAGAAGUCAACCACAGCUGUGACCUGUUGCCAUGGCAGCCAGCGUACUGCAUUUGUGCGGCACGUUGUUCGGUUUUGUGGAUUUGUACCCUUUGUCUAUCCCCAGCUGGAUGCUUACCGUGUGAUUGAUCCUAGUAGAUUUGUCUGACAGUGGAUGUGUGUGAAUUCUCUGCCUUAAUAUUACACUGUUUCUUUACUUAUUGUCUGGAGCCAAAGGUCGGGGGAAAAAAAAACCAAGAACAACAAAAAUAAUAAUCAUACACACACGUUUUUUUUUGCCUUAUGCUGAGACUUGGGGUGGCAGGCAUUUUGACAAAUUGUAAGCUCUAGUUAUCUUGCCUUAAAUGACUUGCGUCUCGAUCAGUGGGAGGGGUGGUGGGGAGUAUUGUAGCCAAAGUGAAGGACUGCACAGUGCUUGGUUGCCUUGGAGACGUGUGGCUGCAUUCUGCAUAUGUACAAAUGGUAUAAAUGACUUCCCGUCCCUCCCCACACCCGCCUUCCAUCUUUCCACUGCUGCUUUGCCCUCGGCUGCAUUCCUCCUCAUUGUUUUAGUUCAGACCAAUAGGCUGGCCCUCGGCCACCCUAACCGUGUCUGUGUUUCCCACAGUUCGGCUGUACUUUUACACAUCUACACACAUCUUACACAUUUCUACAUGUCUGGUGUGCACAAACACUGACCUCGUUGCAUCCACUGGGCUUCACAUUCAUGACCCGGCUUCUGCCAAGGGAAAGGAAAAACUUCUUGAGUUCACCAGAGGCACAGGCGAAAUUAGCAUUAGCAAUUUACCAUGAUGACUAGAAUACUAAAGAAUACACACACACACUCACACAAAUAAGGUUGUGAACUAGUGAUGGACAAAAUCACGUUUCAUGAACCAUUUGCUAUAUUUUUUUAUUCCACUAGAUGGUGCUCUCUGUUCAAAAAAAGGCCCAAAGUAAACCAAGAACACCAUCUAGUGAGAUCAAAACAUACAGCAAAUGGUUCAUUAAAUUUUUUCCAUCACUACUGUGAGCUCUCUUCUCCAUGAAUCGUCUCUUCCUCGCUUCCUCAUUCCUACCUGUCGCUUCUCUCUUCAUCCUACUUGUGUAGCAGUGCUCGCGUGAAUGUGUGUGCACAGCCGUCGGCCGUCCUAUCAGUCCCUCACCGCAGCUCACCUGCAGCUCGCUGCACAGCACUCUCUCCUUGUGGCUGGCUGCCACUCCAGUACAUAGAUUCAAAAUGUGCUGCAGGGCCAGAAGCACAAGUGUGGGGAUACUUUGAAGACCAAGGAUUUCUUUGUAAAUGUUCUAGCUGCUUGUCUAGCUGCUGCCUUCCGGUACUGUCUGUGUCGUGCUGUAUUUGGAUAAAUUUUUUGUUCUAUUUUUAUAUAUAUAUGCUUUUUAGACAGAGAAUGAGGGGGACGGCAGCUUCAUGUAAACACACUGAUGAUGUAUUUUAAUUUUUAAUUGUUUGUACUUGGAGAUCUCAUGCUUUGUUAACCAGAACAGAAACUUAUUGGUAAUUCCUUAAGCUGAAUGCUAUUUGUGUGCUUUAAGAAUGUGGUAAUUAUCAGAAUGUUUAAGACCUAUGGAUGUAUAAAAGUGGUAUUUGAUUUCAGGGCGGGGUGGGAGGGGGGUCCUUUAAACCUGAGUAAUGAGACUUAAAUCAGAAGGCAGUGUCACAAUCGCAACUGUAACACAAGCUUAUUUCUGCUACUACAUCAAUGUAGAUAAACACAAGCAGGAUAAUUCGCACUGUGGCGAUGUGAGUUUAACCUUUUUCUUGGUCCAAAGCUCUCAUCUUAUUUUCAGUUCAUACGUGACCCAGUAUUUGUUGAGUCUUUGAGUGGAUAUGGGGGCUUUAAUAUCCAUGUCACCGAGUCUAAUGCCUGCGGUCUUUCUGUGAUGAACUUUUUUGUGGGUGGGGGUGACCUCACGUCGCUCCAUAUUUUUGCAUUUGCCAAGAAACACAUGUUCCCAUUCACAUACUUAAGCCAUGAGUUACACCUUGUUCAGAGAAGGCGGAAGAAUCUGCAACUGGAACCAAAGAUUCCUGCGUUUUAUGUGUCCUACUGUUUUCGGAUGGAAUUCCUUGAAUCAGACCAUUCAUAUCAAUGGCAUGGAAACUUCAUGAAGCAUAAUAGAUAAUAUUUAAGUCUCCGGCCUCUGCACUCAAAAACACUGGGGGAUUCUUCCCUACUGUGUAGAGCCUCCCAUUCAGUGAAACGUACCACUUCACCCUCGAAUGAAGCCAGUGGAUGAUCACUGUUCAUUUCGAUUGCGAGUGGCUAAUACACGUCAUAAUCACCAAUGUACACAAGCCAACCGCUUGCAGCCCGUGUGUUUGCGGUGAGGCUGGCGAUUGACGAUCAGUCACCACCGCUUCACUUGAACAAAUAACGCAAUUACAAGUAAUCACAUGUCAUUUUUUUGGACUGGAAGAAGUCGGCUUGAUCCAAUGGUGUUGUCUCCGACGUGUGUCUGACGUCCAUCUAGUAUUAACCAGCUUAGACCUUUUUGUAAAUCUGAAUGAAACUUUGUUUUGUUACUUUUGUACUCAGGAGAGGGAUGGUAUGUUUUAUUUAUUUAUUUAGCAGGAUUUUUAGUUUCGUAACCAUAACUGGAUGCCGACAAAACAAAAACAAAAAAAUAUAUAUAUAUAUAAAUAUGACGGGAAGUACAAAACUUGAAAUAAAGCUUUAAAAUGCUUCUCUUGUUAACACAUAUUUAUUGAGAGCGCGUCGAUGGCAUUUACAUGUGUCUUCUCACACUGGCAAGAGGCCCUUCACUUAAAUUGUUUUAAAACACGUUUGUGAAAGUGUAACCUUGCCGUUAAAUAUAUCAGACACACUGCGUUUGCUUAUUCUGUAGACAAGUUCGGGGUCCAGCCUACAGUACACGCAAUGUGAAUCAAGGUGUAAUAAUCUCAUUCUUAAUAAAUAAGACACACAAUGCUGUAUAGUAUAGCUUAUAUAUGUACAUAAACAAAAUAUUCAUUCAUGUACAGUUUUGGGGUCUUUUUGUAUACAGUUUUUAAAAGAUUGAUACCUAUAGAUACCUGUCCAUUUUGCCAGACUUUAUGUAGUAACUGUACAUUUUCCUGUAAUAAAGAACAUUUGAAAUUUGAA